AUGGCUCUGAGCAGUGUCUCUCCCGAAGAAUUUAGCUUUCCUUUGCUCGCUUCUCAAGACUCUUCCCACUUCUCCGGCAGCGAUUCACCUCCACUGUGGAAACACUCACCGGAGAAUGAUCACAACAGAGAUUUGAGUAAGGAUCAGACCAAGAGCUUCUCUUACGCGGAGAGGAAAAGUCUUUGGAGUGAUAAAACAGAGGAGAGAAUGGAUAUGUUGUGGGAAGUUCUCAACGAAGAACUCCCGCAGAGAAGUCAGAGCCUUAGGAUCGAUCACGGCGGAGAGAAGAAACCGUCUUUGUUUCCCGACGAGAGCUCUAACGCCACCGUGGAGUGCGGGAUGAAGUUAACUAAGAAAGCGUCGCCGAAGAAGAUGAGUACUAACGUUUUGGUGUUGAUGAGGGUUUUGAAGAAGCUUCUUGUUAUGCGGAGUUCAUCUCGGAGAUUGCCGGCGAAAACUCACCGUUAUGUUUGA